UCAGCCAUAUUUGUUUGCCUGAUUUUACCGGUAGAAGAGACGCCGGUGGAAUUAAUAUUUUAUCUAAAAUUUGUGUACUAAUCAUUAAUCCAAAAUGACUAUCGGAAAGAAUAAUAAGAUGCAACAGCAUAUCAAUUACCGCGUCAGAGUAAUUUUACAAGAUUCCAGAACUUUUAUUGGCACAUUCAAAGCGUUUGAUAAACAUAUGAAUUUAAUUUUGGGCGAUUGUGAAGAGUUCAGAAAAAUCAAGUCUAAAAACAGUAAGACUGCAGACAGGGAAGAAAAGAGAACGCUUGGUUUUGUAUUACUGCGUGGAGAAAAUAUUGUGUCGUUGACUAUCGAAGGGCCACCACCACCAGAGGAAGGAUUACCCCGAGUGCCCCUUCCAGGCGCUAUGGGUGGUCCAGGAAGUGGACGCGCUGCAGGACGAGGUGCAGGAUUUGGUGGAGCGCCUCCAGGUCUACAAGGCCCUGCUCGCGGGGUAGGUGGUCCAUCACAGCAGCAUAUGGCCCCAGGCUCCAGAGGACAACUCUCUGCACCACCACAAAUGCGAGGAGGACCAAUGAUGGGAGGUCCCCCACCCGGUAUGAUGGGUGCCCCUCCAGGUAUGGGCCGUGGAGGACCAGGAGGUCGAGGCCCGCCUGGAAUGCGUAGAUAUUAAGUGCAAUGCAGUGAAAAUAAUUUGUGUUCUGAAAGUGAUAAAAGUAAGUUAAUUAGAUAUGGAGUAACAAAAUGUUUUUGGUUGCUCUUUCAGUUCAAAAGAAGGGUCA